AGCAUUUGUGGUGGUGGUUCCCUUUUGACGUGAAGACUCGCGUCUCCUCAGUAAACACACCUUCGUCAUCUAUCAAACAUGUUGAAAGAUUAAACGCAACAACAGAAUCUAUUUCCAUAGAAAAGAAAAAAACAGUUAGUUAUUGCUUACCUCACUGAUUCUCUCCGAGAUGUGCAUCUUGAAAUCCUCUUCAACCCACUUGCUUAUAAUUCUCUCCCUGUUUCUGUUCCUAAUCUGUGCAAGUGAAGCUGCACCGACAUAUACCAUCCAUGCCUGCACAGAUGAAUCCUUUUACCUACCCAACACAACAUUUCAAACCAACUUGAACCUCCUUCUCUCAUCCCUCGUCUCCAACGCCACCCUCCACGACGGUUUCUACCGCACCACCAUCUCUCUCGGAGCCCCCGGAGAGGUCAAGGGACUCUUCCUCUGCCGCGGCGAUGUCACCCCCUCCGGGUGUCACGACUGCGUCGCCGCCGCUACAAAAAAGAUCACACAGUUCUGCACCAACCAGACAGAGUCCAUUAUCUGGUACGACGAGUGCAUGCUGCGCUACUCCAACAACUCCCGCCUCAACGACGUAGUCCCUCGGUUUAACUUGUUCAAUGUGCAAAGCGUCCCUGAGUCGGACCACUCACAGUUCAACAAAAUUCUUGUCUCCACGUUGAAUGAUGCGAAACAAGAAGCCCUCAAUUCGGGGAAAAAUUUUGCUACAAAAGAAGCGAAUGUCACGAGCUCAAUGAAGCUCUACACACUGGUCCAAUGCACGCCCGAUUUGUCCACUUCUUUAUGCACCAUGUGCUUCGAAAGCGCCAUCAGUGCCAUUCCUAAUUGCUGUGACGGCAAACAAGGUGCACAGUCUCUGCUUCCGGGUUGUAAUGUUAGAUAUGAAUUGUACCCGUUUUACAAUGUUUCCUCUGUCUCCACACAACCACAGUUUUUCUCUCCAUCUUCAGGGAGAAGCAGAAUUUCUGUAAUUGUAAUUGUGGCGAUUGUUGUCCCAAUUGUUGUUGCGGCUGUACUUUUCAUUGUUGGCGUCUGCUUCCUACGUAAGAGGGCAAGCCAAAGAUACAUUAAUUCUUUGGGCCAGGAUUCAAUUGUGGAUGAUCUUACUGAUGUGGAGUUCCUGCAAUUUGACUUGGCUACAGUUGAAGCUGUCACAAACAGAUUCUCGGAUGAGAACAAGAUUGGCCAUGGCGGAUUUGGGGUGGUUUAUAAGGGUGUCCUCCCUAACGGACAUGAGAUAGCUGUGAAGAGGUUGUCAGCAACCUCCUUGCAGGGUGCAAUAGAGUUCAGGAACGAAGCUUCCCUUGUAGCCAAACUUCAGCAUAGAAAUUUAGUGAGACUUUUAGGAUUUUGCUUGGAGGGGCAGGAGAAAAUCCUUAUCUAUGAAUACAUACCAAACAAAAGCCUUGAUCACUUUCUAUUUGACCCUGUCAAGCAAAGAGAGUUAGAUUGGUCAAAACGCUACAAGAUUAUAGUUGGCAUUGCCAGAGGAAUUCUUUAUUUACACGAAGAUUCCCAGCUUAGAAUUAUACACCGCGAUCUAAAAGCCAGUAAUGUUUUACUGGAUGAAAAUAUGAAUCCAAAGAUUUCAGAUUUUGGUUUGGCAAAAAUUUUUCAGGCAGAUCAGACUCAAGUAAAUACAGGAAGAAUUGUUGGGACAUUUGGCUACAUGCCUCCGGAAUACGCAAUGCGUGGACAAUUUUCGGUGAAAUCAGAUGUGUUCAGUUUCGGUAUCUUAGUUUUGGAGAUUGUGAGUGGCAAGAAGAAUACUGAUUUAUAUCAAUCGAAACACGCCGAUGACCUCUUAAGUCUUGCUUGGAAGCAUUGGACGGAACAAACACCUAUGGAGUUUGUGGAUCCAACUCUGCGAGGUUCUUAUUCAAGAAAUGAAGUAAAUAGAUGCAUCCAUGUUGGUUUAUUGUGUGUACAGGAGAGUCCAUCUCACAGACCAUCAAUGGCCACCAUUGCACUUAUGCUGAACAGUUAUUCAGUUACCAUGUCAGUGCCCCGACAACCAGCAUCUUUCCUACGUGCUAGAAGUCCUAACGGAGGGCCUGACUCUGAUCAGUCCACCACCAACCAGUCUACCACCAGUUCAAUUCCAUGGUCUGUGAAUGAAGUAUCCAUUACGGAAUUAUACCCUCGCUAAAGGAUUGUGUUUCAUGUUUUCUACAAUCAAUCCAGUGUACCAACAAGUCUUUUCAAACUAUGGUGUUACUUUCAAACGUACCUAGGAUAUACAUAGUAAACCUAAAUGGCUCAAAAGGUUCUGUCUAAUAUACUUCAUGCUGGAUGAAGAUGUAGACCAAUCUUGUUUUUGAAGCACAAGGUUAAUUCCCAGAUGGAUUCUUGUUUCUUGCCGCAUUAUACUGGUUAAAGGAAGUGCUUCCAAAUGCAAGUAUCUAGUUCUCCAAUACUGCAACAGAUCACUUCAAAUUAUGAUUGUGACGUAAACUGUGUCUGGACUGAGAAUUUAUGCAUGCUAUAGUUCCAGAAUAUGAACCUAUAUAUAGUUUUGACUGUUGCCCCUGUCUUUCAAAGAGCCGUGCUUUGUGCAAGGAAAGUGAGGUUGCCCAUUCUAAUGGUGGGGCAUACUAGAAGUUUGAAUAUUCAGGACUCACUGUUCAUUUUUUAGGAUACAUUUCAGUGUAGUACGAGUUUGAAUCAACUAUUUAUUGAAAGAAUGUCUCUAUCACGUUCCGUUUGGAUUUUAA